AUGCUGGUUCUGACAUCUGAAGCAAUGCAUGGAAUGAAUCGCUCUGUGGUAUCAGAGUUUGUGUUCCUCGGGAUCACUAAUAUAUGGGAGAUUCAGUUUCUACUUUUUGUCUUCACUUUGUUCUUCUACUUUGCAAGCAUGAUGGGCAACCUUGUCAUUGUGCUCACUGUAACUUUGGACGCUCAUCUAAACUCCCCCCUCUACUUCCUCUUAGCUAAUCUCUCAGUCAUUGAUAUGGUAUUCUGCUCAAUUACAGCUCCUAAGAUGAUCUGUGACAUUUUCAAGAAACACAAAACCAUCUCCUUCUGGGGCUGUAUCACUCAGAUCUUCUUCAGUCAUGCAGUUGGGGGCACGAUGGUGUUGCUCAUAGCCAUGGCUUUUGACCGAUAUGUAGCCAUAUGUAAGCCUCUGCACUACCUGAUCAUCAUGAGCCCACGUGUGUGUCUAUUUUUAGUCACUUCCUGGGUCAUUGGCCUUAUUCACUCAGUGGUACAAUUGGUGUUUGUGGUAGACUUGCCUUUCUGUGGUCCUAAUACCUUGGACAGUUUUUAUUGUGACCUCCCCCGACUCCUCAGACUUGCUUGCACAAACACUCAAGAGCUUGAGCUCAUGGUCACUGUCAACAGUGGGCUCAUUUCUGUGGGCUCCUUUCUCUUACUGGUCAUUUCCUAUAUUUUCAUUCUGUUCACUGUUUGGAAACAUUCUUCUGGUGGUUCUAAGGCCCUUUCCACCCUUUCAGCCCAUGUCACGGUGGUCAUCUUAUUCUUUGGGCCACUGAUGUUUUUCUACACAUGGCCAUCACCAACAUCACACCUGGAUAAAUAUCUUGCUAUUUUUGAUGCAUUUAUUACUCCCUUUUUGAAUCCAGUCAUCUAUACAUUCAGGAACAAAGACAUGAAAGUGGCAAUGGGGAGAUUGUGGGGCUAUCUUAGGCACUACAGGAAAAUGUCGUAA